CGUUUUUAUCAUUUUUCUCAUUAAUUUCGAAAUAGAAUACAGAAAAAUAUAUAUGUAUAUUGAAAAAAAAAACAAUAAAAAAUAAAAAUAACCACAUCAAAUUUUGUCGCCCGUUAUUUGACACUGUUGCGGUUUGUGCGGUUAGCAAAUUUCUGUUUUUUUUUUCUUAAAUUUGGUGGUUAUUCACGGUUUUUGUUCUUUUGAAAACAAAUGGUGCAUAGUGUAUGUAUGUGAAUGUGGUGGUUUCGAAUGUGCUGCAUUUUCGUGUCCGCGAUCUCUUUCUCUUUCAAAUUAUGUGAAUUGAACAUUGCAAAUUAUUUUUUUUUUGUUUCACAAAUUAAUCACUGUUAUAGAUUAAUAAUAGACUAAACAAAACGAAACACACACGGUUUAAUUUGAUUUUGUUAUGUAAGUAAUACAAGAACGUGGCGCGGAGCAAAUUUCCACAAAGCAAACAAUAGAGAGGGAAGCAACAACUCGUUUUCAAAAAUCCACCAACUGUGUACACACUUUUUUUUUAUAUAUAUACAAAUACACACAUACCUCUCAUGCAAUCGGUUGUUGAUUUUGUCUUAGCUCAUGGACCAAAUAUGAACUCUUAUAGAUACAGAGUCUCGAUUUGAAGAGACUUGUAAACGACGACAACCAAACAGUGCAACAACAUACAUUACUAAAUAGUGAGAGAGUCCCAACGAACGAAUGAAAUACAACAAAUAAAAAAUAUCAUCAUAUCAUCAUCAUCGCCAUUUUUUCGCCUGGAUAGAUCCUUACCGUACCAUUAUUGUAAUUUUGCAACAGUGGUGAUAUGCCUGCAGCAACAAUGUUUUCUAAGUUCAAAAGCGGAGCAGCUACACCACAAAAUCCAAUAGAUAGCAAUCCAAUAGUUCAACAUUUUGAAAUUAGCAAACAAACUGCAUGCGCCGGACCCGAAUUGAUAUGGAAAAUCCACGAUGGAUUCAAAAAAAGUGAUGGACGCGAAUGUUCGAUAUUUAUAUUUGAAAAACGAUGCGCCGAGAAACUUCAUAAACCAAAACGGAAAGAGACCGUAACAGAGAUUUUAAGAAAUUCGAUUAAGCAACUAGAACGAUUUCGGCAUCCAAAGAUACUACAAAUUAUUCAUCCGGUCGAAGAAUGUCCAGAAACGUUAGCAUUUGCAACGGAACCAAUAUUCGCGAGCUUAGCAAAUAUACUUGCAUACCAGGAAUCAUGUAGUACGGUACAAACAGGACCACCAAGCACCGGAGCAUCACACAUACAACCGCCGGGACAAAUACAACGGCCAGCCCAUGCAAAAGAAUAUUCAUUCCUUGACAUGGAACUUCGUUAUGGAUUGUUGCAGAUUACCGAAGCUCUAACAUUUUUACAUUAUUCCGGUCAUGUCAUUCAUCGCAAUGUUUGUCCUUCGUCAAUUUUGGUGACAAAAAGAGGAACAUGGAAACUAUCCGGACUAGAAUUUACUGAACGAGCUAAUGAAAUUGACCCUGUUGAUCCUGUGCCAUGCCAACCAUGGAGCUCACGUGCAUCGAAAAUGACUCAACCCAAUUUGGACUACAUGGCUCCUGAAAAUCAAAUACUUUCCAAGUGCUCUAUAUUAAGUGAUAUGUUUUCGCUGGGCUUAGUGAUCUGUACGAUAUUCAAUCAAGGCCAUGCACUGAUUCAGGCCAAUAAUUCAGCUUCAACAUAUUUAAAGCAAAUGGAAGUGUUGCCUGAAUCCAUUCAGAAAAUGCUACCUCGCAUACCAGUACCAUUACAAGAAGCUGUGUCACGUCUUACGGUGAAAGACUCAAUGUCACGACCAACUGCUCAACUUCUGCAAUUGAUCAAAUAUUUUGGCGAUACAACGUUGCAUGUGCUGCAAUUUUUAGACGUAAUCAAUAUGAAGGAUCCCACACAAAAAGCGUUCUUUUAUAAAGCCACAUUGCGUGAAGCAUUGCCGUAUAUUCCCCGGAAACUGUGGUGGCUACACGUUUGGCCGUCUCUACAGCAUGAAAUUCGAAUGGGUGAAGUAUUGGCUGCUGUUUUACAGCCAGCGUUAGCAUUAGUGGCCGAGGCAACACAAAAUGAAUAUGAAACAUACAUUUUACCGACAUUCAGAGUGGUUUUUGCUGCACCAAAAUCAAUCCAAGCAACAGUAGCGAUAUUAGAAAAUCUACACGUUAUUUUAGAGAAAACACCACAAGAUGACAUACGAACGGAAAUUUUGCCAUUGCUGUUUAAUGCAUUCGAAAGUUCAACCAUUCAAGUGCAGGGAGCAGCGUUGUUGGCUGUGACCAAUGUUUAUGAGUGGCUGGACGAGGUGUCAAUUCGAAAAAUGAUCUUACCAAAAAUCAAGAUUGUUUUCGAGAAAAACCAUAAUGAUUUAAAGAUUGUAGAGAGAGUAUUACAAUGUAUAGAACUAAAUUUGGAUAAGCUCGAUAAAUCACAGAUUAUCGAUGAGGUAUUACCAUUGCUGUGGGAGGUUCGGCUGUCCGAUCCAGAUAUUAUUCUUCGGGUUGUUCAUAUCUAUCGAAUAAUGUUAAGUGACAAGAAGUACGGUCUUUCGGUGAAUUUAAUGGCAACAAGAGUAAUGCCAUCGCUGUUACCACAAACGGUAAAUCCAUCAUUGAAUUUGGAACAAUUUACGAUUCUAUUGGAAACGUUGCAAGAAAUGUUGGACCACAUUGAUCGACAACAACGCAAUAAAUUGAAGUUGGAUAAUUUGUCGAUACCAUCACCAGAGCGACAUCGUCCAUUACGGCAUCAAUUUUCGUCAGAUAAUAUGCACGUCCCACCAUUCAAUAUACCCAAUUUGCGCAUUGACCAACGGAAAACAUCGAGCGCUGAGGAUAUGGCACGCAAAAAUUCAACAGGUUCUGGUGUCCUUGGCGGUUGGUGGUUUGGCAAUUCACCAUCAUCACCGGAUAGCAAUUUUCUGCGAGUUGCAAAUGCAUUUCCGAAUCGUCGUUUAUCUGAUAAUACAUUGAUGACACCAAAAAUUCGCAUAGCACCAUCAUGUGCAUCAUCUCCUGGUGGCACACCAGGCAGUGGCCUACCAAUUCGACGUCACAGCAGUAUUGGACCACAGGAACGUCGCGGAUCGGCUAUCAAUCUAUCACCACCAACGCUCGCACGAAAUAUGAUAGGAGGUUCGAUGCCAAAUACGUCAAGCAGUGUACCAUUUUUGUUAUCGAGUAGCAUGCAGUCGAUUCGAUCACGGCGUACGUCAACGUGCUUGUCAUCGGGACCAUUGAACUCGGGCAGUGGCCUAUUGCAAACACUUGGAUCAGGCAUGUACCAGCUGUUUUCCGGUCGAUCCUAAGUCAAAUUUCAAGCGAACACAUACCAAUUUAUGCAAUCACAGAUUCAGAUAUUUUACUGAAACAAAUAGCCUAGUUUUCAUCUUUUUAUGUUGUAAGAAAUGCCCAAUAGAUGAAGCAUGAUUUUAAGUAACCAUAAAUGAAAUCAAACAAAAAAAUAUAUAUUUAUGAUUUAAAGCAAGAAUAGAAAAUAAAAACAACAAUAAUGAAAAAUGAUGUAAACGUUCGAUGGAGAUAUACAAUAUUGCGAAUCUAAAUUAAUGCUCUCAACGCUGAGAACAUGAAUCCUAUCCUAUCAAUAUUAAACAUUAAGAGCAACAACACAAUCAUAAUUCUAAUCGAUAAAGAAUAGGAACCAACCAUGUUUGGACUUGAUCAAUGUUUUAAUGGAAUUGAUAGUAACAACCUUUUAACUUAUUAAAUCAAACAAAAAAAAAUUGAUUAUAUUUAGGGAUACACAUUUUUUGGAGACACAUUGUAAUUUUUAUGACUUGACAUUACGGAUUUAAUUGUAGAAUGGAAAAAAUUAAACUGAAAGAAUUUGAAAAGUUGACAAAACUAAAUGGUAACAUUUGAUGAAAAAUUGAUGUUUAAAUUUAUGAAAAAACAUAUAUAAGAUGAUCACACACAGAUAUAUGUCAUCAACAAAGCCAACAUAUUUUCAAACAAUACACGGUAGUGUGAAUUCCCCCGUUUUUUGGUAACUCGAAUCAGAUUGGGAAGCUGUGAGACAAUAAAAAUGCGCUUGAAUCCAGACUGAACGGAAGCCAAUAAAGAUAAUGUAUUCGAAUGUAGAUGAAUUUUAGCGUGAGACGAUUUUGAAUAAUAUCAUUUUAAUGUCUCAAUAACGAUUUGGCCAUAUCGAUGUCAAGAAAUAAGCGUUCAAAUUCGUUCGUGUGGAAGAAUUGAACGCACAUCAAAAUUUGCAAUUGAAUUUCUCACAACCACAAUAUGGCAACAUUUUUAUUGCUAUACAACAUCAAUGGGUAUCCUUUCAAUACAUACACAGAAACAAGUAUUCGAGUACGCUUACUCGCACUUACGGUGUUAGUAGACACUUUACCCCUCAAAAUGAGUUACGCACUCUAUUUUACUCUAUUUUUACGCGUACUCGAAUACUUGUUUCUUUGUAUAUGGUGAUGUUUGAUGGAUAUUCAAAACGCACUCGCACACACAGUAGACAAAAGUGGCGAAAGCAUUUGCAUACUGUUUGUAUAAGCUGAAAUCCAAUUUUCUUAGAAACGAUUCAUGGCUGGUUAUCGUGCAUUGCUCACCGCUUUUCACCUGAUGUUGAUGAUGUGAUCUAUAUAUACGAUAUAUAGAUUUCAAAUCAUUUCGUUUUGCCAUUUAAUUUUUUUUAUUUUAUCCAUUGGAAUUCAUGAAUAUGAUGAUCUUCUAUGCAAAUAUAAAUGACCUCACAAUGAAAAGGUUAUUUUCACUCAAUCUCACAAUGAGAGAGACGUUCAUUCACAUCAAAAAAAGAAGAGAAGAAUAUUGUGUCACAUUUUCUUUUUGUCCCAUUCAAAUUGCAACUUUAUAUUGACGUUUAUGAUCAACAGUUUUGUGAUUCUCGGAAAAUGAUUAAGGUUACACGAAAAUAUACGAUUUUAUUCCAACAAAAGGUCACUUCUGUUCAGAGACUGUUUUUCAAAGUAAUGAAUUUGAGGAGGAGCGCCUUAAGGAGCCCGAGGAGUACUGAGAAACAAAGUUAGUCCUCCUUAGUUAGGAGCAAAUAUUUUUCAACAAAAUCGGGUGGCCGAAUAAAAACCCAUUGCGAUAAAAAUGAAAUAUUUCAAAUAAUGAUUUCCUUUGAUUUAACCUCCCACCCGCAAAACACAAAACAGCUUUAGAUUUCACGUUUUUUCUUUGAACAACAACAAAAUUCACCACAAUAUUAACACAAUCAAAUUAGUGCUUUGGCUUCAAAAUAACUGCGCAACCUUGUUGAAACAACAAAAGAAAAGCACAAUUUUUUCAUUGAGAUUCAAAUUGAUUUUCAGAUAUGUCGAAUUCGACGCUAAAUUGUGGCACGAAAAACGAAGAGAGAUGCAUGUAUGGUGCGCUAUUGACAACGGGUGAAAAAUGUGCCAAUUUCUCAACUGAUGUUAAAUUGCGACAAUGUUAAACAAUACGCUGAGAGCGUGACCGCUGUUGUUGCAUUGAACCCGAUCUCAUUGAUCGAUUGAUUGAAAUAUGAAAAUUGUAUAUAAUAUGUUAUUAUUCACAUAAGCAAAAGUCCCUGAUCUUAUGAACGCCAGGUAUAAAUUAGGUUGAAGAAGAUAUUUAAAAUGAAUAUAAAAAACACUAACUAUGAAAAUAUUAUAUAAUAUUUAUGAAUUACUGAC